ACGUCAGUAGGGCAGGAGUUGCUCAUGAAUUUCAGCAGGAUCUAUGGAAAGCCCGCUUAUUUCAGAAAAGACAAUUAUGGUGAUUUGAAGAAACAACGUGCCAACUAUACAUCUGUAUAACUGGACAUACAUUAUUGAGACAUAUUUCUUAAGAAACACUGAAGUGAAGAUGGAAGUUGAAUGUCUAACUUUGAGAGAUCUCCUAAGUCCCAAGAAGAGUAAAACCAACUUGGAGGAAGUUGGAGGCAGAAAUGAUCAGAAGGAGAACAUCUUUGUGGAGCGAAGGAGGACUACCCCACACAAAAAGGACACUACGGUUACCAUGCUGCCGAAUGGCAAGAAAACCGCCACCCCUGAACACCUCCACAUCACCCCGGUUAAGAACCCGGAGCGCGGCGCCCAACCCCACCUGGAUCCCUGGACCCCCACGGCCAACCUGAAGAUGCUCAUCAGCGCCGCCAGCCCGGACAUCCGUGACCGAGAGAUGAGAAAGGUGUUGUUCAGGCCCAUAGAGAAUGAGAGGGCAGCGGGAGUGAUGGAUGUCCAGGUUGAAGACCUCGACAUCAGAGGGGUGCCAGGUACCCCCUCGACCACUAACUCUCCUCAGUUUGAUGCCGUGGAAGAAGACGAGGGUGUGGAGGAGGACGAAGGUGAAAGGAAGCCAAGCAGGAAGCAGAAGAGUCUGGGCCUUCUGUGCCAGAAGUUCCUGUCCUUGUACCCGGACUAUCCCACCUCUGACAACACCAGCAUCUCAUUGGACAAGGUGGCUACCUGCCUCGGGGUGGAGCGGCGGCGGAUCUAUGACAUCAUAAACGUGCUGGAGUCUCUGAUGAUCGUGGGCCGGGUGGCCAAGAACCAGUACGUCUGGCACGGACGCCAUCGCCUGGCCUCCACCCUGGCCGAGCUGCAUGGGCUGGGCCGACAGCAGCUCUACCACCUCCACAUGGAGCAGGCCGGGGAGGGUGCCCUCAGGGCGGGGGGCUCAGCCGGCACCGCGGAGGAGGGAGGGGGCGGAGACUCUAGCCACGCAGCUGCCAGCAGGCGGAAAGACAAGUCCUUGCGCAUCAUGAGUCAGAAGUUUGUCAUGCUCUUCCUGGUGUCCAAAACCCAGACGGUGACCCUGGACGUGGCCGCCAAGAUCCUCAACGAGGAGAGUCAGGACACGGCCAACAGCAGCACACACAAAACCAAGGUGCGGCGGCUUUAUGACAUCGCCAACGUCCUGACCAGUCUGGGACUGAUCAAGAAGGUCCAUGUUCAGGAUAAGAGGGGGAGGAAGCCGGUGUUUAAAUGGAUCGGCCCGGCUGACUUCCACACCGAUCCUGAGGCCUCUGAGGCGGCGGCGGCCCUCGAGCGCCCGCAGACCCGUCCAGCCGCGCUACGGCCCACUGCGGCUCUGGGCAGCAGGAAGCAGAAGCUCUCGCGUCACGCCUCCCUCGGCGCGGUGUCAGCCCCCGUGGCCGAUCAACGCCGUGCCAGCUCCGCCCCCAGCAGCCCACGCAGAGAGCUAACGGGUCUUCUCCCCCAGCCCGUGGACUAUUCUAGAAAGUGUGAGAGCAUUAGCUCCGUGUGCAGUCUGCCGUUCGGAACCACUGACACAGACGACAGCCACUCCAGCGGUGGACUUCAGACUCCCAGCCUCCCCCCCCCGGGUCCAGCCCCCCUGGCCGGGCCCGUCCACCCAUAUGGGGGAGCGCCGACCGAGCACCAGCUGGCCUUUCUGCCAAGCAUGUCCCAGGCCGUUGUCAUGCUCUACGGAGGCCCGACGGCGCAGGACGGGCGUGACCACCUCACCGCGGACGCGCCAAAGUCCCCCGGGCCCGGGGUGAGCAUGCUGGGAAAGAGGAAGGCCGACGAAGACGGGGAGAAGACGGCGAACGGAGACAAGAGAGGGUCGUCGGACAUGGAACUACCGGUGAAGAAGAGUGAUGGGAGGAGUUUGGAGGGGAGCAGCGUUCAGGUGAGCCCGAGGACCAGCUCCCCUGGGCACCGAGAGUGGGCCCCCAGAGAUGUGGUGGACAGACCCGGCCCCCGCGGCGACUCGGCCCAGCCCUCUCACUACCUCUGCGUGCCCAACUCUGUGGGUCUCAGCGCUCUCAACUUCCUGCUCUCGGCCGGCCCAACGCCGGGCAGCCUGGCCCUACCCGCCGGCACGGUGCCCGCCCUGGCCCUCCCCUACGUCCUGGUGCCCUCCUCCACCCUCUCCCCCUACCCGCGCUUGGCCAGCGGGGGCGAUAACCCUGCCAACCUCAGUUUCAACCUACCCGCCAUGAUGUCGCCGGGCCGCUUUUUGAUGGGAGGGGCGGGGCCGUACGCUGUGGCCGGCGGGACCGACUUCGCUGGGUUGGCAGUGGCUCCAGCUCUCUCCAUUCCAGAACAGCCCGGGCUGUUCAUGUCCGGACCAGUACCUCCUCACUCUCCCCUGGAGCCCAGGGGACCUGUGAACGUGAACCAGACAGAGCCACAGACACCGCAAAAUCCCAAAGGACCUGCAGCCGGAGGUGGCUCCAAGGCCUUCUUCCAGACGCCGGGAACCAUGGAAACGGGCGCCUGUGCCCCUCUGGUCCGGCGACGAGGCUCCGCCCAGAGGAGGCUGGACAUUGGCCACCCACCAUCCAGUUAGAAGUCUGGGAGCUCCGAAGGGGGGCGCGGCUGUCGGUUAAGACCUCAUGGGCCCACUCGUAGUGGCGUGUUGGACACUGGUGCGCCGCCAGGCUAAACGGGUCCUGACCGGGAGAGCCAGGGCUUUGCUGCCAAACACGCACACGCCCUUAACGUACGUUGCUCUCAAUCCAGUAGGGCCUCGCCACAUUACCUAUGAAUGAACGAUAGUCUGAACAGUAUCGCCUUUGACUGACAGCCUCAUGAUAAUGGAGGGCGGCGUUAUACCCAGACACCAGGUCUGUUUAGCAUUUCCCCAUUCUAAUGGGGAAAUUACAUUGGGGGGGGGUGAGCGGUAGCUGAUCCUGGAUCUGUGCCUGAGGGAUACUUUGCCCUGGAGAGUUUCGUGACCGGGCUGUGACACGGGAAUAUGGAAGGCGUCCGUGUUGUCUUCUGCUGUUCUAGUGCCCCCCUGUGGUGGGAGUAAGGCACUACUGUUGGUUUUAUUUUCCAGCUUCCCAAACAAACAUGAUUGGGUAACUUUGACAAUCCCUCCUCCCCAUUACCUACAACAUAUCUCAAUGUUAUUUAUAUAUAUAUAUACACAUAUAUUUAUAUAUAUUAGCUAAUACAGUAUAUGUGAUGAAUUGGGACUGUUACUUUUCCCACCAAGUAUCUAAGACUGUCCGGUGUUAGAAAUAGUUUCUCUUUAGCUCAAUUCAGGAAAAAAACGAUAUUGACAGAAAAGCAGUUUAUCUUCGGUGAAUAAUAUCAGUGGGAGCUACGUUUAUACUUGAUGACAACAUUUCAGAAACUGCUAUUGAUCAUGAACGUGUUUGAGAGGAUCGAAAAUGCUAUGUGCCUUCAGUAACUCGCUGCCUGACUGACUGGUUGGCAGAUAAUGCACCGUUAUUUAUUAUCCGAGGUGACUCGUACAUCGUUUUGGUCCUCUCAAAACACAAACAAACAGGUCAUGAUAUCAGGAAAACCUCGUUAUCGUUUACAGUCUCCGACACCUGUAGUGUUUAGCAGGGCACCAAUCCACAAACCACUAGUUAAGUAUUUACCAGCCUCCGGUCGUGCUUUUGGGGUUUUCAAAAUCCCGGCGAGGGUCUCUGUGUGCUUAUGCAACUGCAUGCGCACGGGGAAGAAACAAAAUUCUUUUUUUUAUGAUUUUAAUAUUCCAAGAUACUUGAAUUGUGAGUUAUCCAGUGGCAUGAACUGGAAAGUGAAAUAUCGAAGUACUGUAUUUAAUGCAUUAACCGACUGGUGCUCUGUGGUUUAUCCACUCUGAACGUACUUGAGUUUGAGGAAUUUGCAUUUACACCAAAGGGUGCACUUUAUCUACUUAACCAGUAGAUAUGGAACUAAUGUACAGCAAUGUCUUUAUCUAUAAUUAUUUUUCUAUACUGUGUUGGUGUUUUUCAUAAUUGGUUUAAUGACUUAUUUAAUGCUGCUUCUUAUUUGAUAAUAAUUGCACUGAUUAGUCUUUAUAGUUCCAUCUGCUACUUGGUAGGAAACCUUUUCUAACAUUACAACUCGAAGUCCUUCAAGUUGUCCUGACUUGCUUUAUGUUAUGGGCCAAACUGUUAUCUUCUAUAGGCAUCAAUACACUUUGUAAUAAAAGAAGUAA